AUGAAGAAAUAUCAAUUAAUAGGUAAACGAGGAAGUGGUUUAUUAUCAUCAUUUCAUAGUAACAAUAAUACCAAGAAAUCUUCAAAUAUUCAAUAUCCUCAAUUACAUUUAUGUUCAUUACCAUUUGAAAUCUUAUUAUUAAUAUUUAACCAAUUGGAUCAACGAGAUUUACUUUCAAUCUCAUUAACUUGUAAACGAUUUAAUCAAUUUAUUAAUAAAUAUUUCUUAUAUAAUAAAAUUCAUUUUACAACCACUAAACAAUUUCAAUCAUUUGCUAAUAAUCAUUUAUCAAACAGUACUAGCAGUGGUGGUAAUAAGAUAAACUACUUAACAACCGUUGAAUUUAAUAAUCCACAAAUUAAACGAGCUGGUUCAUCAAAUUAUAAAUCAAAUAUUGCUGGUAGUUAUCAAAUAGAAGUAAUUAGACCACCAAAUGAAAUAAGUCAUGAUGAUUUUGUUCAAUCGUUAAAUAAAUUAUUUAUGGAAUCAUUUGGAUUAAAAUGUUUAAUUAUAAAUGAAAUUUCUCCUGAUUUCCAAUUUCCUGAUAAUAUUCAACAACCUUAUCAAAAACAAGUAAUAUCAAGAUUCUUAAGAAAUAAGAAAACCACCUUACCAAAACCAAAGAGAAGUUUAGAGAAAUUAAUAUUAAAGACUCAAUCAGGUUGGUCAAUUCCUUUGAAAUAUUCUCAUAUUUCAUUAAUUUGUAAUCAUUUCAAUGUGAUACAUCAAUUACAAUUAAUUAAUUUUAUAAUUGAUGAUACGAAAUCAAUAUUAUCCAACGAUACAACGGCUUCACCCCAUGUUGCUGAUAUUGAAAGUUUAAUACUUGACUCAUGUAAUUAUACCAAUUCAUUCAAAAAACCCAAAUCAAAACCAAUACCCAACCCCAUGUUUCAUAAUGUAUCUCAAUUAGAAUUGAAAAAUAUCACCAAUGAUAAUUGUUUAUCAUUAAUUGAUUAUAUAAAAUUGAAUAAUUCCAAAUUAUAUCAUAUUUGUAUUGAUAUGAAUUCAAGUUUAUUCUAUUUAGAUGGACAACAAUUCAAUUUUGGGAAAUUUAAUCCAUUUUUUAAAAUUAUAUGUGGAAGAUUAGGUGGGUAUAAGAAUGUAACUAAUAUUACAUUGACGAAUUUUGGAUUAUUUGAAUAUUUAAAACAAGAAGACGAUAAAAGUGAUGUUGAUUCUUGGGUAGAACCUCCCACGGAUAAUUUUGAAACAUUUAUGAAAUAUAUUAGUGAAAUAUCGAAACUUACAAUCGUGUUAAAGGAAUCAUUGAAAAAAGUUAGGACAUGUAUAAAAUGUGGUCAUAAAGAACAAUUACUGAGAGAUAAACUUAUAGAUACAUUAUCUAAUCAUGAAUGGAAGGUAUUAUUGUCACAAUUAGAAAUUAAUAAUCAUAAUUCAAUUAAAAUAUUUAAUAGGAAACAUAAAUUGCUUUAUAAUUCUGCAUCAUACAAUACACACCAUGAAUAA